AUGCACCCAGUGUGUCUAUAGCACCAUCGCCCAGCAUCACGGUGACAGCCGGUCAGAGCAGAACGCUUCAGUGCACGAGCACGGGAGCGUUUGCCAGUCUUGCCUGGACGCUGAACAACGGCGCUCCACUGCCGGGCAAUGCCAUGCAAACGAGCAUGUCGUCGGUCACAUCACAGCCGGUGUCUGUCAACCUGAGCUUGUCGCACCUCAAUGAGUCAGUGAGCUUCCGCUGUACUGCUACGGGCGGCCUGGGCACUAGCUCGGCAAACACCAGCGUCAUCGUUAUCGGCCCUCCGACUGUGGCAAGUUUUCCGAAUUCCGAUUUCAACGAGUCACAGACUAUAGAGCUGCCAUGUGGUGUACUUAGUGAUCCCGUUGCCGAUGUCACCUUCACGCUGAACACUGUCAACGGAAGCGACAGUCAGGAGCUUAGUAAUGACUCGUCGCGUGUUAGCAUCAUGCCGCUCGGUACUGGCAAUGGUCUACGGCUGGUCAUUACCAACGCGACGGUGAAAGACACGGGGAAUUACACGUGCACUGCCGUCAACCAGGCUGGAACUGGUGCACUCACUGCUUCGGUCAAUGUCUUCACUCUGCCCCGUGUGUCACUUCAACCACCAGAUGUCGAACACCGCAUUAAUGCUAGUUCGGAAUUCGCUGUAACCUGCCGUGCAGUUGGCUUCAGAGAGCCCACUAUUUCAUGGCAAGAUGACGCCGAAUAUAGCCUCCAUACUUUGAGCAGUAUCCCAGUGGACGCUUUCCAGGUGGAGGCUCGAUCCAAGCUAAACACCACAGAUUUCAUGGGCAGCCGAAAGAACUACAGCGUGACCUGCGUCGGCAGUAAUGCUGCUGGCAGUCAGAUGGCGAGUACCACCAUCAUUGUCCAAGGUGUGCCAGAAAUGGUCAAUCUAUCAGUUGCUAAGGACAUGGCAUCGCAAGGUCUGAGGUUUUCCUGGGUUCCCGGUUCGAACGGAAAUAUUCCGUCGUCUUCUAGCAUCACCUACGUGUUGACCGCCUCUUUCAACAAUGCCAGUAGGAUGCAAACAGAAGAGCUGCAUCGCGGGUCAAACAGCCUCAGUGUUCUCGUGCCAUUUACCACCUUGGUGCCUAACACCGACUAUCAGUUCUUUGUCGUCGCCAUGAACUUCAUUGGUAGGAGCAGUCAGAGUAACAUUGUCCGCAACCGGACACCAGAGGCUGUUCCUUCAGCACCCGUCAACCUGCGUCUUGUACCCAUCAACCCAAGGUCUAUCAAAGUCACGUGGGAUAAGCCCCGGGAAGCUAACGGAGUGAUCACGAACUAUACGGUUGAGUUUUCAGGCACAACGCAGGAGCACCGCAGCUACUGCGCUCCGAUGGGUGGGAUGUUCGUUAAUGUCACUAGUACAGAGCUGAGGAACGCAACGCUGACCGGCUUGUGUCCGUUCACUCGCUAUGAUGUAUUCGUAGGGGCUAUCAACGGUGCUGGCCGUGGCCAGCGUGUCAACAACUCUGUAAUGACGCCAGCUACCAAUGCGUCUCCGCCACGAAACCUCACCGCCACCGUGAGUCGCGACACAAGUGGGCCGCACUGGGAUGCCACGCUGUCCUGGAGCAGACCAGAGUUCCAAAAUGGCAUGUUCAGCCAAUACCUGAUUGAGUACACGCUGAUGGGAGCUUGCAAUCUUGCAAGCACCGAUGGGACCAGCCAAUUAGCCAGCACCAACACCACCAGCACCACCACCAUGACCACCACCAUCAUGUUGUCAUUCCUGCAUGCCAAUAGUAACUAUUCGUUUGUCGUCAGACAGAGCAAUGGUGAAAGUCUGCCGGGAGAGAAGGCUGUAUUCAGCACCUGUACUGGAUUUUCAGCUCCCGCGUCCGGAGGCAUUGCACAACCGGCGAUGGCUAGUAACACUGGCAUGCCCGAACAAACAUCCACCACUCUCCUCUUCAGCCUUGUUCAGCCGUCACAACAAAACGGUCCCAUCAGCUUCUGCCAGGUUCUUGCAUUAGAAACGGACGGAUCGUCUGACUCAACCCAGAAUCCGGACGAUAUCUAUUCGAAUGCAGUUACUGAUGUGACUGAGUAUGACCGGACACGUUCUGAACCGCCGUCUUCCACUCCUUGGGUGGCGGCCGAAUUUGAACUAAAGUUCUUCAGGAAUUUGUUCACACUCGGCAACCCCAAUAUGUACAACAGCAACGCUUCGAUGCGCUACAACGGACCGCUGAAACCUUCCACUGCGUAUCGCAUUGCGCUGCGAUGCUUCAUUGCGCCAAACACGGUAAGACUGGAAUCUAGAUAUACUCAGAGGAACCAGAUGUUCAGUUAAUUAACACUUUUAAUG